CAGCGGGCGGAAUGGGCCGCGGCCGGAGCCGGAGCCGGGCCUAGCGGCGGGCGGGCGGGCGGCCAUGAGCGGAGCCGCGGGCUGCCGGGGCGGCGGCGGAGAGCGGGGGCCUCGCUGGAGGAGACCGUGGAAGCUCCUGGCCCUCGGCCUCCUCUCCGCCUCCUCCGUGCUGGCGGCCGCGCCGGGCGCCGGGGCCAUGAGCAAGGAGGAAAAACGGCGGCUGGGAAAUCAAGUUCUGGAAAUGUUUGACCACGCGUAUAGCAAUUAUAUGGAUCAUGCCUAUCCAGCUGAUGAACUCAUGCCUUUAACUUGUCGUGGACGGGUGCGGGGUCAGGAGCCAAGUCGUGGGGACGUGGAUGAUGCACUGGGAAAGUUCUCCCUGACCUUGAUUGAUACCUUGGACACUCUUGUGGUGUUAAAUAAAACCAAAGAGUUUGAAGAGGCUGUUAAAAAAGUAAUCAAGGAUGUUAAUUUAGAUAACGACAUAGUUGUGUCUGUCUUUGAAACCAACAUAAGAGUCCUUGGUGGUCUCCUUGGUGGGCAUUCAGUGGCAAUUAUGCUGAAAGACAAAGGUGAAUACAUGCAGUGGUACAACGGCGAACUUCUGCACAUGGCAAAGGAGCUGGGCUACAAGCUUUUACCUGCCUUUAACACCACUAGUGGUCUCCCUUACCCAAGAGUUAAUUUAAAGUUCGGUGUAAGACAUCCAGAAGCACGAACAGGAACAGAGACUGAUACCUGCACAGCUUGUGCAGGUACCUUGAUCCUGGAGUUUGCAGCUUUAAGUCGAUUCACAGGAACAUCUAUAUUUGAGGAAUACGCACGGAAAGCUCUUGACUUCAUUUGGGAAAAGAGGCAGCGCAGCAGCAAUUUGGUGGGUGUUACAAUUAAUAUUCACACAGGAGACUGGGUCCGCAAAGACAGUGGAGUUGGAGCGGGAAUAGAUUCAUAUUAUGAAUAUUUAUUAAAAGCCUACGUCCUGUUGGGAGAUGACAGUUUCCUGGAAAGAUUUAACACGCACUAUGAUGCCAUAAUGAAGUACAUUAGCCAACCACCUCUCCUUCUUGAUGUUCAUAUUCAUAAGCCAAUGCUAAAUGCUAGGACCUGGAUGGACUCUUUGCUGGCUUUCUUCCCAGGACUGCAGGUAUUGAAGGGUGAUAUUAGACCUGCUAUUGAAACUCACGAGAUGCUGUACCAAGUUAUAAAGAAGCAUAACUUUCUUCCUGAGGCUUUCACAACAGACUUCAGAGUUCACUGGGCCCAGCAUCCUUUAAGGCCUGAAUUUGCUGAGAGCACUUACUUCCUGUAUAAGGCUACGGGAGAUCCUUACUAUCUAGAAGUAGGAAAAACACUCAUUGAAAACCUAAACAAGUAUGCAAGAGUGCCUUGUGGGUUUGCUGCAAUGAAGGACGUUCGUACGGGAAGCCAUGAAGACAGAAUGGACUCUUUCUUUCUGGCUGAGAUGUUUAAAUAUCUUUACCUGCUGUUUGCUGAUAAGGAGGACAUGAUAUUUGAUAUAGAAGAUUAUAUAUUCACUACAGAAGCUCAUCUAUUACCACUCUGGCUUUCCACCACAAACCAAACCAUCUCUAAAAAGAAUACAACUACAGAAUACACAGAGCUGGAUGACAGCAACUUUGACUGGACCUGUCCGAACACUCAGAUCCUCUUCCCAAAUGACCCAAUGUUUGCUCAGAGCAUUCGUGAACCUUUGAAAAAUGUGGUGGAUAAGAGCUGUCCUAGGAGUAUUUCAAGAGGAGAAGAGAGCUUGGGAAGUGGACCAAAACCACCCCUGAGAGCCAGAGACUUCAUGGCCAGUAAUCCUGAGCAUUUGGAGAUACUGAAGAAGAUGGGAGUCAGUUUGAUUCAUCUUAAAGAUGGAAGAGUGCAAUUAGUGCAGCAUGCAGUGCAAGCAGCAAGUUCACUUGAUGCUGAAGAUGGCUUACGGUUCAUGCAGGAAAUGAUUGAACUCUCCAGUCAGCAGCAGAAAGAGCAGCAGCUACCUCCUCGUGCUGUUCAGAUAGUUUCCCACCCAUUUUUCGGUAGGGUGGUCUUGACUGCUGGACCAGCACAAUUUGGAAUGGAUUUAUCUAAACACAAAUCAGGGACAAGAGGAUUUGUUGCAACCAUUAAGCCCUAUAAUGGAUGCUCAGAGAUCACUAAUCCUGAGGCAGUGAAAGAGAAAAUUGCCCUGAUGCAAAGAGGCCAGUGUAUGUUUGCUGAAAAGGCACGAAACAUUCAGAAAGCUGGAGCAAUAGGAGGCAUCGUUAUUGAUGACAACGAGGGAAGCAGCAGUGACACAGCUCCUCUCUUCCAAAUGGCCGGUGAUGGAAAGAAUACAGAUGAUAUCACAAUCCCCAUGCUCUUCCUCUUCAACAAGGAAGGAAAUAUUAUACUGGAUGCAAUCAGGGAGUAUGAGGCUGUGGAGGUGCUCCUUUCUGACAAAGCAAAAGAUAGAGCAACAAUCUUUAAAGGUAAAACGAUUCCAAACUACAUUAUUGAUAGCAACUUGGAAAUGGAGAAUAUGGACCAGAAAUCAUCUGAAAAUGAUUCACACAAACAAAAUUCAGAAGAAGCUUCUUCAGCAUCUCAGGAUGUUGGUGCAGUCGGUGAGGAGCCUGAGGAAGGAGAAAGCUCUGACGUUUCUGACCCUGAUUCCUUAUCUCCUGCUCAGGCAGACAGUGACAGCAUUUCCACUUCAGAUCAGGAUUCCUCCAUCCCUGGACCUGGUGAGGCUGAUGCUUCAGAGCCAGCAUGCACACAAGGGGAUGAGCAGCCUCAGGAACAGCAGAGUGAGACAGAGCCAGACUCCAAAGUUAACUGGGACAAUAGAGUACAACCUAUGGAAUCCAUAUUAGCAGACUGGAAUGAAGAUAUAGAAGCAUUUGAAAUGAUGGAGAAGGAUGAACUAUGACUUGUAGUAAUAACUUAUUUGCUAGUAAAUGAAUGGAGAACUCUUUGGGUAGAAGUGAGGCCUGAUAACUGAGAACUAGAAAACAUAUUCAGUAUUGUGAUGAGCAACCAGGUUUCACCUGGAAAUUAUCAUAGAAAUCCAGCACGCGCUCUUUGUUUUAAUUUUUCCUGUUUAAAAAUGGGAAUGUGCAAUUGAAGCACUCGUGUGGCCCCACUGCGCGGUGCUGUGUCCCAGGAGGUUUGCUCAGGGAGAGAGCCUGACUUCUGCCUGCCAGGUGCCCAGAGGUGAUGCUGCCUCGGCCUCUGGGAGGCACAAGUUGAGCACGUGGGGCUGCCAGCACCAUUCAGCAGCCACCAGCGGGAGCAGCUGGAGGCAGCAGGAUGGCUGCUGCCCUGCUGGGAGCGGAGCUGUGCCUGGUUUCCCUGACCCCCCCCCCCUGCUCUGAAGGCCUUCCUCGCUAGCAGCAGGUGAAGCGAUGUCUCCAGUUGCUGCAUCUGUAAGACACAGGUAGAAGCAGUUUGGUUCUGUUCUGACGCAUUGUACCCAGACACAGUGGUGUUGCUCGUUGCUCCUUCCAUCUGCUGCGUGAAGAAUGACUGAGAUGGCCCGUGAGCUUUCUCUCCUGCUAAAUUCAGCUGGUGAAGCUGCACAAACCAAAGGCAGUGUGCUUUGUAAGCAGGUGCUGUCAGGGAAUGAGGAUAGCCUGCUUCCUUUGGGGCUGCCACGUUAAGGUUGGCGGUGUGCUAUGAAAGUUACAUGUGAGGUGAAGGUAAAGAGAUUGGGGCAAAUGGUGAGCCCUGCAGGUUGGAAAACCCAACCUACCCGAGGCACAGUUUCACCUGGCGGUAUUCCCUGAAUGCACACCAAGCAGAAUUAGAUUUGCUGUAACAAAAAUCUUCCUUUUUUUCCCCAAGUUUUACUUCUAACAGCAGCUUCUGUAGCAUGAUGCUUCGGGCAGAGGCUGGUGCAGCAGUGCAGUGCAGCAAUGGGGGCUGUCGGGCCCACAGCCCAGGCUGCAGCAAUGGGAGCAGCGAGGAUGGCUGCUGUGCUGCUCUGGGCUUUGGGAGCGUGUCCCAGCUGAGCGAUGGUUGUUAUCCCCCUUACUGCAAUGGAAGCGGGGUUAUUGAGACAGCCGAGAUGUCCCUCGUCCAAAGAAACUGCCAAAAUCAUUCAGUUGAUUUAUAUAAACUGCUUUUAGAGAGUCGUGGCUCAAGGAAUUGUUUUAUAUUAGAAAAUAAAUGAACACUGCCUGUACGCUGCGCCAGACUAGAAAUGAAGGUUUCUAUUGGUCCUUAUGAUAUUUUAAAGAAAAAAAAGUCCCAGUCUGAAGUGCACCUUUCUUUUAGCUGGUGAAAUUAUGCGUGCUGAAUAUGCAACUGUUAUUAGUACAGCCAUACUGUAUUUAUUUGUGUAUACUCCUGUACAGUAUGAAUGGAAAUCCCGGGCAAACGCUGUAUACAUGUGUAUGUGACGACACUGCUUUCAGGAGCUGCGAGUGCCCAGGCACCUUUUGGGAGCAUGGCAGUCAGAACCGUGUGCGUAAAUUGAAUGAUAAUGUUAAACCAUUGGAGGAGGAGGUGAUUUGGAGGAGGAAAGAAAGAGGUAGCAGAAGAGUGAAUAAGCGUCCUUUUAAAAUAAAUCAGCUUUCCGGUGUAGUUAUUCCUUUGCACAAAUAGCUGUGUGGAGGUUUGAGCUGAGUGCUUGCAGCAGCCAAGGUUUUUCAGCUGGGGGAUUUUGUAUUGAUGUGGGUAUUUUUUUGUUGUUGUUGUGACGUGGGUUUCCUCAUGGAAGGAGUCGGACCAUAGGAGCCAUAAGUGCCCUUUGUUAGUGGAGCUGUGAGCCCAGCAGCAGGCUGGGUGUCAUCCCACUGGUCUCUGCCUGCCUGUACUAUGGCAGAGUGCUGCUGUUCUCAGUGCUCUCUAGCAUGGACUGCACCUUCAUGCUGGGUAGUUCUUUUGGGGGAAGCAGGGUUAUAUUUUCUAGGUAUAGAGGUCCUCUGAUCAUGGUGUUAAUUAAGUCUGUCAAUGUUGCAAUGCAAGCUUACGGUGGUGUGUCUUUGUUAACCUGCAGAAAGUUUAGGUGUAAUAGCAAAAUUUUCCUAAAAGCUGAGCUUCCCUUGGCACCACAGGCUCGACUCUGGCUGCUCAUCCGCACCCGUGGCCAAAGCUGCAAACAGCCCUUUCCCUGGACGUGGUGCAGGGUGUGGGUGUCCUGGCGGUGGCUGUCUGCAGGUGCCCAUCACCUCCCUCCUCCAGGACUGUGUUUUUGUUGUGCUCUGCUUGGAGGUGACCACGAGAGCUGCAGGGGAGAGGUGUACAGACCUGGUCAGUGGAAGCGACCUCUUGGGAAUGCAGGAAGGGUGAGGGGGGCGGUUCAAUUCAGGUUGUUUUCAUUUGGUGUUUCCUUGAGAGGAGGUGGCAUUAGUUGACCUUCUCGUAUCAUGUUGAAAGUAGUUGGGUUUUCUGUCACUCAUCUUAAAAAGCAAAAAGAAUGUAUUAAUUAUUUUUGUAAAUCAUCUUUCGGAGAGGAGAGUAAGUGUUCUUUCUGGGUUGUCUGCUCCACGUGGAGCACUGCUCGUCCAUUGUUCAUCAGCAGCUGCCCUUCGUUUUGGGUAUUGCACAUUGGUUUGUAUAGCGUUGAACACUGAAUUCAAGAAUCCUGGCUGGAGCCACGCUUACUCCGUGCCAUGUUAUUCAGAUCAGCCAAUUUGAUAUUAGAGGAAUUGUUAAUUGUUUACACGUGUUGUUUCUCGAAGAAUUUAAAGCCAGAGCCCAGCUUUUUCUCCUCCUCUUGAAGGCAUUGCUCAUGGAAAAGCAUUUGGUGAGAAGUUAGAAACGGGCCGUGGUGUGCAGAGCCGUCACUCAGAACAUAGAGAAACAUUCUGUGAAUGAAAUAUUGUAUGUUCAGAUUUUAUAGGAUUUUUUUUCUUUUUAGCCAGCCCGAUUUACAGCCGUAUAUUUUCUUAUGGAAGAUGUCUACUAACAGGUGCUGUAACACUUCUGUUGGGUUUUGCUGUCUGGUGGUAAGCAUAUACAAUAUUUCUAAGGGCAACGAUGUACUGUGAUGUAAAAGGUUGGGCUAAAAUGUAUAUAAUCUGUGUACAUAAUUGUGUACUUGAUUAUAACUGCUGAUUGUAAAGAUUUAAUAAAAUGUAAAUAUUCUGGUCAA